AGGUGUGCAGUUCGAGAGCCCGCUGGUGGCGGACUCCGACAGACAUGGCGGUUCGGGGCAAGUUGAUCGCAGUGUUGGGGGAUGAGGACACCUGCACCGGUUUCCUGCUCGGUGGCAUCGGCGAGCUCAACAAGAACCGGAGGCCCAACUUUCUGGUGGUGGAGAAAGAGACGAGCGUGGCGGAAAUCGAGGAGACUUUCAAAAGUUUCCUGAGCCGUGAUGACAUCGGGAUCAUUCUGAUCAAUCAGUACAUUGCGGAAAUGAUUCGGCACGUCAUUGAUGCGCAUACGUUGUCCAUUCCUGCUGUGCUGGAGAUCCCAUCAAAGGAGCACCCAUACGAUGCCUCCAAAGAUUCCAUCCUCCGGCGUGCCAAGGGAAUGUUCAGUACGGAUGACUUCCGGUAGAUGGACUCUGCAGUGGCAGCUGUACGUCCCACUGGUUCCUGUCGCUGUGUUGUCGUAUUAUGUGUUGUACAGGGUGUUGAUUCCUCUGGUCCAAUGUGCAGAGUGCUGAUUCCUCUGCCGUCAAAUCCUAGCCAGACUUUGCAGCAAGCAAUCCCCACUCCCACUGUGGAUUGGUGAUCCCAACCCACCAUUUAGUGACCUUUUACCCACUACAAAUCUGAGUAAUGGAAUCAUAACUGAAGCACUUUUGAGCAUGAUUUAAUUUCCAUUCAAUUCUGUGCCAGCCCUGUAAGUAUUUGAUGGGACUGUUUAAAGUGGAGCUCUAGUCUGUAGCAAGUACUGUGCCUGCCCUAGAAGAAAUUAAUCUUGUGCUAACUGUUGAAAUUUGAGAUUGCUCUGAAUCGUGGCGAACAGAGGGAGUGGAGAAGAAGGAAAACAUUUUCAAUGGUGAAGCUGAUAGUAAUUGGCUGCUGUGAUGGAUUUGUGUGGAAAGUACUGAGAUUCGAGCUGAAAGGAUGAGUACAAGCUCCAAACACUCAGUUGGAUUAUGCAUCACUAAACAGGAUGGUUGGUCUGGAACUUUAGUAUGGUGAGGCACUAAUUUGUGCUAGUUGACAGAAGCUGAAUGUGGUUCUGAUCUGGUCUUAUCGAGUCUUCACAUUGUAUAUUUAUGAUGUUACUUGUCCCUGAUCAUUAUGUCAAUAAAUAAACCAACACUUAAA